AGACUAGAAUUGUCGUCAUUUCCGGAAUUGUGACAAAGAUACCCAGCAAUGGCUUUCAGGCCUUGAGCUGCACACUGGCUGCGACCUAGAGGAUUGAAUACUCUUGUUGCUUUGGGAAUUCAAGUGCGCUCGUGCCGUCUGUCCCAAAGUUUGAUGAGCACUGGGCAAAGGAAGAAACAGACGCUGGUUGAUGCGAUCAAUUGGGCCCCAAGGCUUUCCUUUGGCCUGAUGAUUGGUUACUUCGACAGCAUGCCUCUCAUUUGAUAAGAUUCUCAGAAAAGCGAUGGCAAACUCAGUCAAGCCCGUUCUAAAGAAAUUGCCGUUGCCAGCUGGACCGCCCGAUCUUCCAGUUCUCAGACCUAACCCUGGCGAAUUUUCGGAUUUGGGUACUUACUUGGGCUCCGUCUCCAAGCUCGGACAGAUGCAUGGUGCCGUCAGGGUCGUACCUCCGGAGGGUUAUCGGGCUCGGCUUUCGUAUGAAAACGCAGAAACUCUCAUAAGGUGCUUCGGGUCACAGAGCGCCGAAGGGGAGUGCGGACUGUACCAACUGUCCGUUGAAGAAGCAGGAUCGAUGUAUCUGUCUGAUUUGCAAAGGCUUCUAUCAGAGUCGGACCAUCACGAUUCCUCUAAGUGGUCUGAGGACCCUCGAGCAGCUGAGAUCGAAUUCUGGAGGACAUUGGGAACGGGAGCUCCGUCGGUUUACACAGCUCACAGCAUGAACUCUUCCCUGUUUGAAAAAACCAUCUCUUCAUGGAAUCUUUCCAACUUUGAGGGACAAGUAGGCUUUGAUCUCAUUUCCAGCAAAUUCACUUACUGGCACAAUCUUCAGGUCAAAACCAAGAAUCCUCGUUCCUGGCAGGUGUCAGCACAAGGAAUCAAUGGGCUCUCCUUCGGCAUGACGUUCACG